CUUGUGUUGCUAUUGUUUACAGGAUGUGUGUUGUUGACAGGACAUGUGUUGUUGUUGACAGGACGUGUGUUGUUGUUGACAGGACGUGUGCCCAUGAGGUCGUUGCUGUUGGUGCUCCUGCUCAUUGGCAUCCAGGCUGUACUGAACAUGGAAGGGGCCCUGGGCCCGGUGGCUGCCAACCACAGUGCAGAACAGCACACGGCAGCCAAUGGCAGAGCAGAACAGCACACAGCAGCCAAUGGCAGAGCAGAACAGCACACAGCAGCCAAUGGCAGAGCAGAACUACAGAGGAUGGCCCGCCUGUCAGUGUCACCUCAGCAGGAGCAGCCAGCAGCAGACAGGGAUACUCAGCAGAGACCCAGCCGGACCAGACAGGCCCACAGACCAGCCUCUCUACCCCAGGACAGGAGUUCUUCCCUGGGCCACUCUGAGACAGACUCCUCCUCUUCCCCCUCCAUCCCUGAGGUGGACCCCAAACUGUUCAGCAAGCGGAAGUACCGCACCUCAUCGCGCGUCGUCUUCAGCGACGUACCCCCCUCUCACCACACCCUGGGGGGGGAGACAGGGGAUGAGGAGGAAGGGGUGAGGGAUGGGGGAGUGAGGGUGAGGCGGAGAGCGGGGGGGCAGCCCAUGCACAGGGGGGAAUACUCCGUGUGCGACAGCAUCAGCGUGUGGUUGGGGAACCUGACCAAGGCCACAGACAUCGCCGGCAACGAGGUGGAGGUUCUGCCAGAGGUGAAGAUAGACAACGUCCGCAAGAGACAGUUCUUCUACGAGACCACCUGCCGUGUGGCCACACCCCCGGGGGGUGGAGCUGGGGCUGGGGGAGGGGCCAGUGGAGGCAUUUCUAAAGCAGGGUGCCGCGGCAUCGACAGCCGUCACUGGAACUCGUACUGCACCAACACGCACACGUACGUGCGCGCGCUCACCAAGUCCAAGGAGCAGACGGCAUGGAGGCUGAUACGCAUCAACGCAGCGUGUGUGUGUGUCCUCAGCCGCAAGUCCUGGAGGCACUGACCUCUCACCCCUAGGACUAUGGACCCAUAUAUACACACACACACACCAACAAACACCGAUUGCACAGUCAGACACGUAAACAACCUUGAAACAGCCACUACAGAUGUAUUGUAGUGUUAGACUCCCCUCCCACACACAGACACACUCCCACACACAGACACACUCCCACACACAGACACACUCCCGCACACAGACACACUCACCUGUAUCCGACCAGCCCCUUCCCCUCUCCCUACCCUACCUCAGUCAGAUUUCUGGUUCUUCUAACUUAUGAGGACUGCAUGUCAUAUUUAUAGUUUAUACAGUCGAAUAUAUAUUAAAUAAGUGUAUAUAUACAGUGCCUUCGGUAACUAUUCAGACCCCAUGACUUUUCAACAUUUUCUUACGUUACAGCCUUAUUCGAAAAUGAAUAAAAUAAAAU